GUUCUUGCAGCAGCGUCACUGUUGCUUGAUCUUCAACAGCCCAACUGUGGCAUUGUGGGGCUCCUGCAGGACUCAAUGAAAACAAUGCAAACUACUCUAAUCCCAGUGGAUGUAUUUACAUGGACAUGGCUGGGUUUUACUCGCGCAAACUUUUUUUUUUUUUAACUUAUCGUUUCCAGGAUUUUUGAAAGUUUUGCAACUCUGUGAACUAAUACUGUUUCGGCUUUGUGGAUAGUUUGGAUCCUUUUUUUUUUGGGGUGAACAUGUUGCUGUUGCCUACACCAGAAGGACUUCCUGAAACAAUCACGACUUUGGAAACAUGGAAUGAAACUUUUGCCUUUUGAUCACAGCAACAUUAGCUUCCCAGAGUUUGAAAUGUAGGCAAAAAGAAUGAUUAUUUGGUGAGGGAACUUUAUAUAAAAGCAAAUUAAUGAUGCUUGUUAGAAAACUAGAUUCUGUUUAUGCAACCUUGGACUUGAAAAACACACCUUCAACUUCUUCUUACUGAGUUGAGUGGGUAAAUAAUGGAAGGCUACCUGAGCGGUUUAAAUAAAACAAACUCAACAGCUCCCUACCACCCUGCGCUGGGACUCUGGAGCCUUGUCAUACUGGUCCCCAUCGUACUGACAAUAGUGGUUGGAAACCUGCUGGUCAUCAUCGCCAUAACUCGAACUUCACAGCUUCAGACGACCACAAACAUUUUUAUCAUGUCACUGGCGUGUGCCGACCUCAUUAUGGGGGUCCUGGUGGUGCCUUUGGGGGCUUCCAUAGUGGUGACGGGAAACUGGCUGCUCAGUGAAACAUUUUGCGAUGUGUGGACUUCUGUGGAUGUGCUGUGUGUGACAGCCAGCAUAGAAACUCUCUGUGUCAUAGCAGUGGAUCGGUACACAGCCAUUACGAGGCCACUCAGACACAAGGUUCUUCUCAAUAAGCGGCGAUCAAGAUUAAUAGUUUGUUUAGUUUGGGUUGUGUCCGCCUUAAUCUCUUUUGUACCGAUUAUGAAAGGGUUUUGGCGUGAUGUUGAUGACGAUGAAGCAACAAAGAGUUGCUACGAUGACCCAAAAUGCUGUGACUUUGUGACUAACUGGGCCUUCGCUAUUAUAUCUUCCACUGUGUCUUUUUACAUUCCUCUUCUCAUAAUGAUAUUUUUGUAUGCUAAAGUUUUUCUAAUAGCCACACGGCAGGUUCGGCUAAUUGAUAAGAAUCGAAUGCGGUUCCAGAACGAGUGUCCGACAGCACGGAUACAAAUUCCCCCCCACAUAAACAAUGUCCUACCAUCGCCGUGGGUCGGGUCCAACAACUGCAACAGCACAGAACGGAGAAAGGGCUCCAAGCGUAGGCCAUCACGGCUAAUGGUUGUAAAAGAGCACAAGGCCCUCAAGACUUUGGGGAUCAUCAUGGGGACCUUCACUGUGUGCUGGCUGCCUUUCUUUGUUGCCAAUAUCAUCAAUGCGUUUGACAAAAGCAUCCCCUCAGAGAGGAUCUUCAGACUGUUAAACUGGCUGGGAUACAUCAACUCCGGGCUUAAUCCCAUCAUCUACUGCAGAAGUCCCGAGUUUCGUACAGCAUUCAAGAACCUGCUGGGCUGUCCGUGGCUGUCUGCCCUCUGGUUAAAUACUUUCUAUAAAGAGCUGCGGACUCGCUGCUCAUGCUUUCUGUGGCAGACUGAUUCAAGCACAGCCGGCUCUUUCCAGAAAACUCCAACCAGUAUGAUGGAGGGAAAUGAGAGCCUGACCAGUACUCAGGGAAGCAGCAAAAGUGAAGAGGUUUCCUCUGGUCCUCUGCAGUCCAACGGCAGCGCACAGUUCAGUCAGACUUCAGAACCAGAGACCACAUUCUUCACAUUGCAGGAGAAGGACGGAUGAACUGUAAAAUGUUGCGCUACUGAAACAAUCUUCUCCAGCUGUAACUGUGAUUCCUGGAAAAGGCUGAGACCAAACAGCACUGACAAGCGAAUGAAGUGUACUACCAUUGCUCCUGACAGAGUUUCACCCCUAAAGAUACAACUGGACUGACUGUAGUGAAACGGCUGAUUUGGUCCAUACAGGAACACUGUAAGUGUCACUGUGGACGCAGAAACUGAACGAAUAGACACUGCACGGAUGCUAGGUGACACAAAAGUUCAACCUCCAAGUGUGUUGCCUAAAUACUUUUUUGAAAAGACUCUUCCAUCCCAAGUAAGACAAUACAUUAAUGCAUGUUGAAAUGCAUUGUAGUGCAACUUUCGAAAUAUGACUUUCAUUAUCUGAUAAGUUAUCUAUUUAUGAUACACUGAAUUUGUAGCAAAAUACAAACAUUGUCUAACUGAAUACAAGACAAGGCUGCCUUCACUGUCCAAACAGAAACCAAACUGCUUGUGGCACAAAUUUUUCAGUUUAAUAUGUGCUGUGAAUAAAAGGCUACACAUUCAAGUAUUCAAUUAUAAUGAGUUUGAAUUCUUGAAUCUUUCUGUUUUGAGCCAGAAUUUUGUGUUCCCACGAUAGCUGUUUUUCUUACAAUACCCUAAAUUGUUAUACCAUGGCUAAAAAAAAUGUGUAUUCUGAUUGGCCGACUGUUCAAAUCCCAGAACAGGUAAACUCUUAUAAUCCCUGUCAACAAUAAACCAUCAGUGUAAAACAUUUUUCAAGGUACAGUAUUAAGAACUAAAGGGAACUUGCUAAAUGUUACCAUAACCUCCCUAGCAUUUUGACAUUCUCUGAGUGGCCAUGGUAUAGACAAGCCCAUAAGAAAGUCUACCACUGAAAUGUGUAACAAUAAUGGACUUCAUGGAGGAAACAUCACCCCCAUAACAUUCAUUAUUUUGUUAGAUUGAAACACCUUCUAAUGCAAUUUUUUUGACUAAA